AUGGAUCGUAAGCAAGGUUUCACCGGAGCUGAGCAGUCUGUGGAUGUCCAGAGUUUACUUCGAGAACGAUACAAACAUAUAUUAGAUUUAUCAGACCGAGACAUUCAGCGGCUCUCGUCUUUGUCGAACGGCUUCCGAGUGGCGAUGGAAACCGAUGACCCACUCCUUCUCAAACGCACCAUAUCUGAUCACAUCACCAAAAAUAUUGGUUCCUUGGUGAUGAUGAAAGUUCCCACCAUCCCUCUACUUAGUCCUGAUGAAGUUCGUGUUCACCAGGUCAUGGACAGUUGUGCUUUCAAAUCCGCUAUAAGUUGUGCUGGGGGGCUUGUUUUGGGUGGUAUAUUCGGACUAUUCACAGCCAGUAUCGACCCACUUAGCACUGUGACGGGAACUGAAACUGUCUCCACGAAAACGGUCGCAAAGGAAAUGUACGCUCGUGCUGUGUCUCAUGGGAAAAACUUCGCUGUAAUCGGUGCUCUUUUCGCUGGUACAGAAUGUGCACUCGAAAGUGUAAGAAAUGACAUUGAAAAAGAACUUCUUAGUAUCGAGGGCGGUCUGAUCUACUUAAUAGUAUGGCCACGGGAGCUCUGGUCGGUGGAGCCAUUGGCUUACGUGCAGGCUUGCAGGCCGGAGUCAUGGGAGCUGCCGGAUUCGCUUAUGCCAUCCAGCGGCCACUCGAAUAAUCGACGAAGUCGUUCAAGAGAUAAGCGCCGAUCGGAAUAUGAGUCAAACUCGCGAAGCCGGCAUAAGUAUGAACUCCAUGAAAAGACCGCAUGCAAGCGUCAAAGACGUGAUACAUCGUCAACACGUCCUUCCUCGCGUUCUUCUAGCCCAAGUAUUACCCUCCCCCCAGAAGAAAUUCAAAGGCUUAAAGAAAAAAUUCGUCAAAAGAAGGCGUUGAUGAAGGAGUUAGAAACUCCUGAGGAAAAACGUGCGCGCCGAUUAGCGAAGAAGGAACAAAAGGAGCGCCGUCGUCGUGAAAAGCUUGGCUGGGACAAGGACUACCUUGGAUAUACGAAUGAAGAUAAUCCAUUCGGUGAUCGACACCUCUCGGAGACGUUUGUUUGGCGCAAAAAGAUUGAUAAUAAGGGUCUUUCGCACCUUGAUAAUGCACAACUGCAAACCUUACAAGCACAAAAAAUGGAAGAGAACCGAAAAGAGUUGGAGAAUGUUCGUCGACGCCGAUUGGAAAGAGAAAGGGAGAAAGAAGAGAGGGAAAAGGAAUUGGAGAUGCUGCAGCGGGAAAAAGAGGCUGAAUACUACAAAUCUUGGGGUCAGCAAGAAGAUACGUUUCACCUUGAGCAGGCCAAACUUCGUUCACGCAUUCGAAUUGCCGAUGGUCGAGCAAAGCCAAUUGAUUUGUUGUCUAAGUAUAUUGCUGACCAGGACGAAGGAGGUGGGAAUAUGGCUGGUAGUGGCGACAUUUCCAGUGCCAUCGAGGUAAUGGAACCAACACAAUUUUUAGUUGGAUUAAGCAUUGAAGACUUAGAGGACUUGCUUGUUGACAUUAAGGUUGUCUAUAUGGAGCUGGAAAAGGGCCAAAACGUUGAGUAUUGGAGGGAUAUGACGGUGAUAGUCGAGGAUGAGCUAAGAAAAUUAAAACAAGAUGAAGCCGCUGAUGGUGGGGGCCCUUGUGAUGGGGGGAGGCAUGUUUCUGCCAACAUCAGCCAUUCCGUUCUCCAGUCUGUGGCCGAUACUCUCAAGUCAAAAACCUAUGCACAGUUAGCAGCUCUUGAACGACAGAUCCAACCAAAAUUGCGUGGUGGUGAAGGCAUCGAUGUGGGCUAUUGGGAAGCACUAUCUCAAUUCGUAGCCGCUCAGAUGGCUCGGACACGGCUGCGUGAAAGACACCAGGAUCACCUGCGCCGAAAGCUUGCUUUCCUUCAACAGAUGCAAGGUAUUACUACUUCUAGCAGCGACCGGAAUCCCAUCUUCCCUAGUGGUUCCGGAUCUACACACCAGAUGGUCGAAAAAAUUCGGGAAUUGCAGCAGCAAGCCGCAGCUAAAAUACACGGAGAGGAUCAACAGGAUCGAGAGGAAGAAAAGAGGCAAUCUGAGCAACUCAGCGUAACUUCGAAUCAAACUGAAGAGGAAUCUGCGGGUGGACCCUCCACGGCGCCUUCAGAUUCUGCAGUUAUUCCCAAUGAACCAGAUCCAUACGACUCGGCCGUUUAUUCACCUGUCUUGUUGAAUCAAUCGGAUGUGGAGAUCGAUGCUGUUUUGUAUGACGCACAAGAUGAUUGGGCGAAGCUGGAAUACCAGAGAAAGGAUGUGAUGCACACUGGGGCCCUGCGCAAGACUGCUGAAGAAGAACUGAUGAAACGGGCUCGCGAAGGUGUUGAAGAGGGCGAUGCUGAAUUCAGUGUUAUGGCACCUCUCGAGGACCAGUCAUUCCUGUGGUCCGAUAAGUACCGUCCACGCAAGCCGCGUUUCUUUAAUCGUGUGCACACGGGUUUUGUCUGGAACAAAUACAAUCAGACCCACUACGAUCUAGACAAUCCUCCACCGAAGGUUGUGCAAGGAUACAAAUUCAAUAUUUUUUACCCUGACCUUAUCGAUAUGACCAAGACGCCAACGUACACUCGAACGCCUUGCGAGGAAGAACCCGAUUUCGAAAUCCUUCGGUUUAUUGCGGGCCCUCCAUACGAAGACAUUGCUUUUAAGAUCGUUAACCGCGAAUGGGAGUACUCAUACAAGCAUGGAUUCCGAUGUCAAUUCCACAACACCAUUUUUCAACUCUGGUUCCACUUUAAACGCUUCCGAUACCGUCGAUGA